AUGACGCCUCUUGGCUUUCUCCCAGGAUUGUGUCCCCUGGGGCUGCAGCUGAGGGGCUACACGGGCUCUGGGGGCACCAAUAACCCCAAACUCUCCGUGUUGGUGGCCAAGCUCCUGGACAAGCUCCCGGCUGCCCCCGAGCAGGACAAGGGGAAGACCCUCAAGACAGAGACGGUCAUCAUCCUGGAGGACUACGCUGACCCUUACGACGCCAAGCGCACCAAGGGGCAGCGGGAGGCGGAGCGGCUGGGGGAGAACGACGGUUACAUGGAGCCCUACGACGCCCAGCAGAUGAUCACAGAAAUCCGCCGCCGGGGCUCCAAGGACCCCCUGGUCAAAGCCAUCCUGCUGCUGGAGGGUCCUGGGGAGCCUGGGGAAGGGGGCAGCAAGCCAGAGCCAGCCAAAUGGCCAGUGGGCAAGGAGGUGGUGGGGAAGGGGCCACAGCUCUAUGACACCCCCUAUGAGCCCGGGGAGGGGGUGCCCGGGGGACCCCCAGAGCGCAGGGUGAGGGCCGGGGACGGGCGCCUGCCCGAGAACGACGAGCGGCCAGCGGGAGAGUAUGAGCAGCCCUGGGAGUGGAAGAAGGAGCAGAUUGUCAAAGCACUGUCAGUCCAGUUUGAGGGCUCAGAGCGCCCCAAGGAGGAGGCACCGCGGCAGCACCUGCGCCAGAAGAGCUGGACCCCCAAGAUGCUGAAGCCGGCGGGCACGGACCACGGGGAGGGGGAGCGGGUGGACCCUGCCCUGGCGCUGGAGAAGCAGCCGUGA